UCUAGCUUUGUCACCUCGGCGGUUCGUACCUCGACCCCUGCUCCCUGUACAUCCCCAUAUGUCUUGGCAAAGGUUUACGUUGCCAAAGUGAACAGGAGCUCAUCAAGCUCCAUGACGGUGCGCGACGACUGUACCUACUGCGCUUGCAUUUCAAGCCCGCAAACCCCAGAAUAGGUGAAUCCAUGCAAGCAUUGGAGAACAUCUGGGGGAUUUCUUAAGCCAGCAAGCAACCUUUCCUCUUGAUACCCGUCCCUGUUCGUCAUCUUCACUUUUCUUUUUUCUUUCCUCAUCUUAUUUCACAAUUCCGGAGUUCACCAUGUUUAAGCCAAUCCUCUCUCUGCUCUUCUUGCUGCUGGCCGCCACUGUGAGCGCCGUGAGCUCCAGCGGCGACAGGCUACUUGUGGUAUUGGAAGAUGUCGCAGAAAAGGAAAAGUACUCCAAGUUCAUGGGAGAUCUGCAGAGCAGAGGCUUCAAAAUAACAUACAGCACACCCAAAAGCGAUUCUAUCAAUCUUUCCCACUUGGGAGAGCGGGUUUAUGACCAUGUUGUUAUAUUCCCGACCAAGUCAAAGGGUCUUGGCCCCAACUUGACUCCCGCGCUUCUUCUCCAGUUCGUCAAGGAUGAGGGCAAUAUUAUGUUGGCUCUUUCUUCCGACACCACCGUGCCCAUCUCGAUCGUCUCGCUUCUCCACGAGCUGGAUAUUCAUCUCCCUGCCGAUCGCACCGGCCUUGUCGUCGACCAUUUCAAGUAUGACACGAUCUCUGCCGCUGAGAAGCACGAUGUCAUCCUUGUCAAACCUAAGCCAGUCCGUGGCUUCCACAGGUACAUCUUUGGCAGUGACAAGGAGACCAGCCAGCUACUUGCUGUUCCACGAGCACUUGGCCAGACCCUUGGUCAGAGCCCCCUCUUGAAUUCUGUCCUUCGCGCCCCUCUCACCGCCUACAGCUAUGAUCCUAAGGAGCAAUCUGAAGUUGUCGACGACCUGUUUGCUGCCGGCGAGCAGUUGAGCCUCGUUAGCGCUGUGCAGCCGCGUAACUCGGCUCGCGUUACCGUCGUUGGCUCUGCCGAGAUGCUGCAGGACCAGUGGUUUGAUGCCGAGGUCAAGCAGUCUAGCUCAAACAAGAAGGUCUCGACUUACAACCGUGAGUUCGCCAGGAAGCUGAGCGGCUGGACCUUCCAGGAGUACGGUGUCUUGCGCGUGAAAUCUGUGGAGCACCAUCUGAACGAGGUGGGCGCAAGCAACGUUUCGAACCCGGCUAUCUACCGGGUCAAGAACGAUGUGACCUACACCAUCUCUAUCUCAGAGUAUAACCCGGAGACCAAGUCCUGGGGACCAUUUACUGUUCCGGAUGGCGAUGAGAUUCAGCUAGAGUUUUCCAUGCUGUCCCCCUUCCACCGCUUGGCUCUCGAGCCCGCGACCUCUACUGAAAGUGAUGCUACCAAGUAUACUGUGUCUUUUACACUGCCUGAUCAGCACGGCAUCUUCAACUUCCGUGUCAACUACAAGAGGCCAUUCCUCACCUACAUCGACACCAAGGACCAGGUCUCGGUCCGCCACAUGGCCCACGACGAGUGGCCGCGCUCGUUCGUCAUUUCGGGCGCAUGGCCCUGGAUCACGGGUAUCGGCGCCACUGUCACUGGAUGGUUGGCCUUCUGCCUGGUUUUCAUGUUCAGCGCGCCCACUGGAAAGGCCACUGUCACUAAGAAGACUCAAUAAAUUGGGAAUUCCUGAAAGGCUUUGCCACAGGAGCCAGAUAAUUCUGAAGCUUCGGAAGUCGGCCCUCUCAAAUGAGCGAGUGCUCCAAAGGCAGGUCGCGUUGUGCCAGACGUAAGUGGCUCUUGUUUGUCACAUAACAUCCGCACUAGAGCAGGCUGCAGCAAUUUAGUUGGUCACUGGGAAAGGCUAUAUAGGAUGUUCGAUUUGAUGACUGAUGAGCUGAACAGUCUCUUUUUCUACAUUUUGAGCCAGAUGUAUGUAUAAUUCGGAAAAUGGGUACAACAGGGAAAAAAGGCCGUUCGGUAAUGGCCGGGUAUGGGAGGCAAUUAUGCAAAUGUCUCUUAGAUUUUUCACAUUGAACCUUGCGUUUUAAAAUAC